AUGUCCAACAGACCGGCCGACGGUCCGCGCGCUCCCUCUCUGGGCAUCACUUCUCCCAUAUCUGUGACGGAACCGACGGACAGCGAUAUGCAGGCGUCGCGAGAGCUCGAGGAAUGUCUUCGCGCGUUCGGUCUCUUCGAGUCGGAUCAGGAGAUGGAGCACCGGAUGAACGUGUUGUCCAAAGUCAACCACAUCGUCCAGACGUGGAUCAAAGACAUGUCGGCGAAGAAGAUGCCGAAACAGAACGCGGAACUCAUGUCGGGAAAGAUCUUCACAUUCGGCUCCUAUCGGCUCGGAGUGCACACCAAAGGCGCGGACAUCGACACCCUUUUGGUGGCGCCGCGACAUAUCGAGCGCUCCGACUUCUUCGACACCUUCGAGAAGCUGUUGUCUGCGAUUCCCGACUGCGAGUACGUGCGAGCCGUCGAAGAGGCGUUCGUUCCGGUCAUCAAAACCAAGAUCGAAGGCAUCGAACUCGACAUCCUCUUCGCGCGGCUCGCCCUCAAGAACAUCCCUCCCGAUCAGGACCUCCGCGACGGCGCGCUCCUCAAGAAUCUGGACGAGAAGUCCGUCCGAUCGCUGAACGGCUCGCGCGUGACCGACGACAUCCUGCUUCUGGUGCCGAAUCACGAGUCCUUCCGUCUCGCGCUCCGAGCCGUCAAACUGUGGGCCAAAAAGCGCGGCAUUUAUUCCAACGCUUUGGGAUAUUUGGGAGGCGUCUCGUGGGCGAUGCUGGUGGCGCGCACAUGUCAGCUGUACCCGCGCGCGUCGGCCGCCACUCUGCUCCAGAAGUUCUUUCUGGUGUUCCGUCAGUGGCCGUGGCCUAAGCCCGUGCUGUUGCGCCACAACUCGGAAGAUAACCCGAACCUCGGGUUCCCGGUGUGGGACCCGCGCAUCAAUCCCGCCGAUCGCUACCAUUUGAUGCCAAUCAUUACGCCUUCAUAUCCGCAACAGAACUCCACUUUCAACGUCUCCUCGUCCACCAAAUCCAUUAUGACUAACGAGUUCUCGCGCGCCUCCGACUGCAUCGACGAAGUCAUGAGC